AUGCGUACCCAGCUCGCUCUCACCGCCCUGUUUGCUGGGCUUCAAGUUGCCAGUGCUGUCGACACGAAACCUCAGUCCAUCUAUGCUCUGGAUGCUAUCAAAGCCAUCAUGCCUGGAUUCUCAGCCACUUGCAAAGGAACCACAGCCGAUAAUGAGUGCAGAACCCCGGAGCAGGCUGCUCCCUAUCUGAUCAAGUCCCUCGAGCGGCGCACCACAGGCGAGAUUGCUAUGGUGCUGUCGCUCAUUGGCCUCGAGAGUGCAGACUUGAAGUACAGGAUGAACCACUUCCCGCUCCCGGGAAAUCCCGCCCAAGGCACUGCGAAUAUGAUGGGGGAAGAAUUUGUCAAAGAGUAUGCGCAGUCUCUUAACUUGCCAAUCGACGGCAAGUCAGGGCCGGAGAUCUUGCAGCUCGUCAUAGCGGAUGAUUUCCAGAAUUUCAACUCUGCCGUUUGGUUCUUGGAAAGAAAAUGCUCGGACGACGUCAAGGCCAAGAUGAGGAAGGGCACCGACGAGGGCUACCUGCUCUACCUUACGGACUGCAUUCACACCACGGAUUCCCCCGAUCGGCAAGCGUACUGGAAGAGAGCCAAGGAGUUCUUCGGGCUCACGGGUCAAUAG